AUAAAAAAUCUAAAAAAGGAAAAACGUCGUAGUUUGAGUUUCUUUGUUUUUGGUAGCGGUGCGAAAUCGAAGGCUUUCCUCUGUUUACUCUCUUUCAUUCUCUCUCUGUUUCUGAAAAUGGAUCUCUAACGCAUCUUCAUCCAUUUUUUGUUUUUUUUCCCUUCUCUCUCUCUCUCUCUCUCUGUUUUUCUGUUACGCGGCAUAAAACGCUGCGUUUAGUUCAAACAGAAACUCUGCAUUUUCCGGGUAAUGCUUUUUCUAUAUUCAUUUUCUGAUUUCUGGUUAUUGUACUGUGUGAAAUUUACAUUUUCUGGAUCUUAAUUGUGUAUUCAACUGUGGAUGAUUUUGAUUUGGAUCUCGACGGUUAGGAAUUGUCGGUGGUGAAAUCAGAGAUUAUUUUUACGUGUUUUUGCUUAUGUUGAUUUUUUGUGUUUAUCGGUGAAUUAUUUGUGGUGUGAUUGAGAAGGAUUAGGGUUUAUUGUAAUGGCUUCGAAUCCUCCAUUUCAUGUGGAGGAUCAGGAUGAUGAGGAUUUCUUUGAUAAACUUGUUGAAGAUGAUGUGGGAAAUGUUAAUGAUGAAGCAAAUGAUUCUGAUGACGUUAAAGCGUUUUCGAAUCUAAGUAUCGGUGGUGAUGAUGCUGAUGUUAAUGCUUCUGCAUUUGAGAAUUCGAGUGGUGGAGGAAGUGGUGGGGAGGGGAAAGAGAGAAAGGAAGAGGGUGAUGUGAAAUUGGAUGGUGGAAAUGUACAAGAGGGGAGUUCGUCUGGAUGUGAUGGUAUGAUGGAUCGCAGUGAUCAUGGGAUGGAAUCGAGGAAUUCGUCGGGUUCGAGUGCGGAUAAGAGCAAUAGAAGAUCUAGUUUAGAUGUUAAGGAGAAGGAUUGGAAUGCAUUUAAUGUUGAUUCAAAUGGAGGUGCUGGGUCUGAAUCUUAUUCGGAUUUUUUUAGUGAAUUCGGAGAUCAAAAUGGGAAAGGAUAUGAUCAUGAUUUGAAUACUGAGGUGAAACAUGCUAAUGAAAUUCCGGGAGAUCAAUAUGCGCAAACGUAUAAUCGUGAUUCUAAUACUGAGGUGAAACUUGGUAAUGAAAUUCCGAGUGAUGGAAUGAAUGCUUCGGUUGAUUAUGUGCAAUAUCAAGAGGGUCAAAGUUAUGAUGCAUCUGCGAGAAAUAGCACAAGUGGGGAGGAUGUAAAUAGCAGUCAGUAUUGGGAGAGUCUUUAUCCUGGCUGGAAGUAUGAUUACAAUACCGGGCAAUGGUAUCAAGUGGAUGAACAUAACGCAACAGCCGCUACUCAAGGAAGCUCAGAAGUCAAUACAGCAGAGGUCUCUUAUAUGCAGCAAACCGCUCAGUCAGCUGUUGCUGGAACUUUAGCUGAAUCUGCCGCAACUGAAACUGUACCAAGCUGGAAUCAGGUGUCACAAGGGAAUAAUGGGUAUCCAGAACAUAUGAUUUUUGAUCCUCAGUAUCCUGGUUGGUAUUAUGACACAAUUGCUCAAGAAUGGCGUUCUUUAGAGACUUACCAUUCAUCUAUUCAAUAUGCUGUUCAGGGACAUGGAAAUGGACAUGCGUCUUCUGGCACUUUUUCGCAUAAUGAUAACAGUUUGUAUAGAGAUUAUGGCCAAGUCGGCUAUUAUGAGUCGCAGGGUGUUGGUAGCCAAGCUGCAAAUAACAAUUGGAGUGGUUCAUAUGGUAUUAAUCACCAACAGGAUUUGGACAGACACACAACUGACACUGCUACUAAAAGUGGGGGUAGUGCUUAUGGUGGAAACCAACAGUUUGAUCAUUCUUUUGGUUCUAGUAAUUCUGUCAACAAAAAUCAACAAAAUGCUUCUAGCUCCUUUGGAUCAGUUCCAUUGUACAAUAAAGUUAACCAUGGUCAUGGUUUGGUUAAUGGAACUGUGGAAGUGCAACGUUUUGCCCCUAGUGGGAACUUUGGUCAACAUUAUAAUUAUUCAAAUACACAGUUUGAUGAACAAAAAAAUAUCUCAAAUGAUUAUGCUGAAAGUCACCAGCCCUUUGGUUACUCCAAUCAAUCAUAUCAGAGUGGACAUCAGCAAUCUUAUGCCCCUAAUGUUGGAAGAUCAUCGGCUGGGCGUCCUCCUCAUGCCUUGGUAACCUUUGGAUUUGGUGGAAAACUCAUUAUAUUGAAAGAUUCUAGUCUUUCGAGCUCAACAUAUGGAAGUCAGGGUGCCGCACAAGGCUCUGUUUCUGUGUUAAACUUGAUGGAAGCUGUCUCGGGAAGUAUUGGUUCUUCCAGUAUUGGAAAUGGUGCUGGUGAUUAUUUUCGUGCUCUCGGCCAGCAAUCUAUCCCAGGUCCAUUGGUUGGUGGGAGUGUUGGAAGUAAAGAGUUGAACAAAUGGAUAGAUGAGAGGAUUGCACACUGUGGAUCCCCUGAUAUGGAUUAUAAGAAAAGUGAAAGGAUGAGGCUCCUUCUCUCUUUGCUUAAAAUAGCUUGUCAAUAUUAUGGAAAACUACGUUCUCCUUUUGGUACAGACACCAUAUUAAAAGACAAUGAUACUCCUGGGUCAGCAGUUGCCAAGCUUUUUGCAUCUGCCAAGAUGAGUGGUAAGGAGUAUGGUGUACUGAGCCACUGCCUGCAAAAUUUGCCUUCUGAAGCACAAAUGCGGGCAACGGCUUCCGAGGUACAAAAUCUUCUUGUUUCUGGCAAAAAGAAGGAAGCUUUGCAAUAUGCACAAGAAGGUCAAUUGUGGGGACCUGCACUUGUUCUUGCUUCACAGCUUGGUGAAAAGUUUUAUGUUGAUACAGUGAAGCAAAUGGCACUUCGUCAACUGGUUGCAGGGUCUCCUCUGCGCACAUUAUGCCUUCUAAUUGCGGGGCAACCAGCUGAAGUUUUCUCUUCUGACAGCUCAAAUAGUGGGGACCCUAGUGCUUUUAAUAUGCCUCAGAAUCCUGCACAGCUUCAGUUUGGAUCUAGUGGCAUGCUCGAUGAUUGGGAGGAGAAUUUGGCUGUAAUAACUUCGAACAGAACUAAAGAUGACGAGCUUGUAAUUAUUCACCUUGGUGAUUGCUUGUGGAAGGAAAGAAGUGAGAUCACUGCUGCACACAUCUGCUAUUUAAUUGCUGAAGCAAACUUUGAGUCAUACUCAGACAGUGCAAGGCUUUGUUUAAUAGGAGCUGAUCACUGGAAAUUUCCUCGAACUUAUGCUAGUCCAGAGGCUAUCCAGAGAACCGAGUUGUACGAAUAUUCGAAGGUGCUUGGGAACUCUCAGUUUAUUCUGCUUCCGUUUCAGCCAUAUAAGCUUAUAUAUGCAUAUAUGCUAGCCGAAGUGGGAAAGGUUUCAGACUCGUUGAAGUACUGCCAAGCAGUGCUGAAAUCCUUAAAAACUGGCCGCGCACCAGAAGUUGAAACAUGGAAGCAAAGGCUAUCAUCUCUUGAGGAGAGGAUUAGAACCCACCAACAGGGUGGGUAUGCUGCAAAUUUGGCCCCUGGCAAAUUAGUUGGCAAAUUGCUGAACUUUUUUGAUAGUACUGCUCAUCGAGUCGUUGGUGGUUUACCACCACCCGCUCCAUCGUCACAAGGAAAUGUCCAUGGAAAUGAACAAAAUUAUCAGUCUGGGGCACAUAGAGUGUCCAAUAGCCAAUCAACAAUGGCCAUGUCUUCCUUAGUUCCAUCUGGUUCUAUGGAACCCAACGGUGAGUGGACAGCUGACAAUAAUAGAAUGACAAAAUCUAAUAGAAGUGUUUCAGAGCCAGACUUUGGUAGAAGCCCUCGACAGGAAACCUCACAUGAUGCACAAGGAAAAGCGUCAGAGGGCACAUCGCGCUUUUCUCGUUUUAGUUUUGGCUCACAACUUUUGCAAAAGACAAUGGGUCUAGUCUUGAAACCUCGCCCUGGAAAACAGGCUAAAUUGGGUGAAAAGAACAAGUUCUAUUAUGAUGAAAACCUAAAAAGAUGGGUAGAGGAAGGUGCUGCACCUCCAGCCGAAGAAACUGCACUGCCACCACCUCCAACAACUGCAGCUUUCCAGAAUGGUUUAACUGAAUACAACUUGCAAUCUGCAUUGAAGACAGAAGGACCACCUUCGAAAGAGGGGUCUGAUUUAAAAACAUCAAAUCCUGAACUUACUCCAGGGAUCCCACCUAUACCACCUGGUACAAAUCAUUUCUCCGCUCGUGGCCGCGUUGGUAUUCGGUCAAGGUACGUUGACACCUUCAACCAAGGUGGUGGAAAUUCUGCAAACCUGUUUCAGUCACCAUCUGUACCAUCUGCCAAACCAGUUGUUGCUGCCAAUGCCAAGUUUUUUAUUCCUACUCCCGCACCAUCAUCAAAUGAGCAAACAAUGGAGGCGAUAGAAGAAAACAAUCAGGAAGAUGAUUUAGCUUAUGAAAAUCCUUCAACAUCAUAUAGGAAUGAUUGGUCAUUUCAAUCCCCUAAACACGCAUCAGCAUCGACCUGGCAAAGGUGUCCAAGUAUGGGCAACUUUGCAAACCAUGAAGCAGUGGUGAGUGGCAGUAACUCUCGUUCUCCUCACUCACGGCGGACAGUUUCAUGGGGUGGGAGUACUGAUGUUACAUAUAGUCCCACAAAAAUGCGUGAAAUUAUGCCUCUGGGGGAAGCUUUGGGAAUGCCACCAUCGACAUAUAUGUCUGACGACAUUUCUUCAAUGCGGACAUCUAUGAAGAGUGGGAAUUUCGGAGAAGAUCUUCACGAGGUUGAUCUUUCAACACAUAAUUAAGCUGUAAAUAUCAAAUUUUGUUCAUGGUCAUCAAUCAUCAGAGUAGUUGGGACGUCCUGCUGCAUUCUGAUGCCCCAAAUGCCGGUGUACAUCUGGUGAAGUUCAUGAAGAAGGAAAAGCCAUAUUCCCCUGGCCGUCUUUUCGCCCCACCUCUUGUUUUGCUUAAAAUGCUAAGGGAGUUGGCACUGACCACCAUCUAAGGCUCAAGGUCAAGGAAUGAACUUGUGUCUUUUUAGCAAGGAUAUACCACGUAGCGGAGUAGUACCACUCAUUUGUUCAUUCUAUUAAACAAGGAGACACCAUGUUCCUCGAGAAAAAGAGGCCUCGACAUAUCAAGGACAAAAGAGUAGUAUAGGGAAUGUGAAAUAUAAGUUUUGCCCCACUUGUAAUUGUUUCAGUUAUGAAAUGGAAUUUAAUUUACAAAUUAUAGCCCUCCUUGAUUUGAAGUGAUAGCUUACAUAUACGUUAUUUUACCUAUACACACAGUGUAAUUUAUAUCUGGUUGGAAGUUAUCAUAACUGCUUAAUAUGCUUGCUUGAUUGCCAAUAGAGGUUGAUCCAUUGGAUGA